UUUCCUCCCUGUUUCAUCUCUCCCUCGUUGGCUAGGGCGCGGGGCAGCCCCAGUUCUCCUCCUGCGGCAGCACCGCCGAGAAAGCGCGGGCUGUGCCCAGAGAGCCCGAAAGUAGCCUUAGGGGAAUGGAUGCCGUGUGCUUUUUAGAGAUGGGGAAACUGAGGCGAAAGGGCUUUCUCCUGCAAGGCACCGUGAGUUAUUUGCGGUGCUGUGUAAUCCCGCCUGUUGCCUUCAAAGAGAAUAUGGGAAGAGAUGGCAUUUUAUAAAACUUCUUGUAAAUGAGGCGUCACAAACUGUGGAAUGUGGAUCUUUCUUCCCUAAGUAGCCAGGGAGUUUAUUUCCCAGGGUGGGAAAUAAAAUCAAAGAAGUAGGUCUUGGAGAUCUUUAAAAGAUUCAAUGGCUUGUUUGGGAGCUGAGGGAAGGCUGCAGAACUUGUUAAAUGUCACGGAUCAUCCCUGUCACCUCAAAUGGUUCCCUCGAAAUAAAACUGGCCUUGAAGGGAGUGGGUGGAUGGAAUAUAUAGCAAGAGGGAGAAAAUGAGCAAUCCUGGGAUUGGUGUUUGCCCGAAGGAGGCAGGCAGGCAGCGCAGCGCUGGUGGCCCUGGGGAGCCAGCGCGCCGGCUGCGGGCACCUGACCUGGCACCGGGCAGCUCCCAGGAGCCAGGCUGCCGCACAUCACUGCUCGCGGGCGAAUUUCAUCUCCUUGCACCGGGUAUGGGAGCUGAUGGCUACAGGCCAUCUCUGUAUAGGGGUAUGUAAACUCAAACUUGGGCAUUCUCAGUUCAAAUCUUCACUUGUGUCACAGCACAACAAACAUGCCUGAACAAAGCAAUGAUUACAGGGUGGUUGUGUUUGGAGCAGCAGGGGUUGGCAAAAGCUCCUUAGUCCUUCGUUUUGUAAGAGGAACUUUCAGGGAAGCCUACAUCCCCACAAUUGAAGAUACCUACCGGCAGGUAAUCAGCUGUGAUAAGAGCAUCUGCACCCUUCAGAUUACAGACACCACAGGAAGCCAUCAGUUCCCUGCUAUGCAGAGGCUGUCUAUAUCCAAAGGGCAUGCUUUCAUCUUGGUGUACUCUGUCACCAGCAGGCAGUCCAUGGAAGAGCUUCAGCCGAUUUAUGAACAGAUUUGUCAGAUUAAAGGGGAUAUCCAAAAAAUCCCAAUAAUGUUAGUUGGUAACAAAAGUGAUGAGAACCAGAGGGAGCUGGAUGCCAUUGAGGGGGAAGCACUAGCCAGCAAGUGGAAGUGUUCCUUCAUGGAGACAUCCGCCAAAAUGAACUACAAUGUACAGGAGCUCUUCCAGGAGCUCCUGAAUCUUGAGAAGAGAAGAACUAUCAGUCUUCAAGUGGAUGGAAAGAAAUCCAAGCAGCAGAAAAGGAAAGAUAAACUGAAAGGGAAGUGCUCUGUUAUGUGAUUGGCUUUGAAUGGCUGGACUUGCAUCACUGCACAGUGUAAUCGGAGCAUGGACUCUACCAGAAAAUGUUUGCUGGAAGUUUCAGAAGAAUCCAUGCCAUACGGGGUUAUCACUUUUCUGUAAAACAUCAGUUGGGUCACUUUGUGUUGGUUUUAAAGAGGAUUUUUUUGCAUGUUUUUUAAUUUUUUUUUUUUAAAUAAACGUUCAGUGUUAGCUGUUACAUGUGAUUACAAGUUUUAAGCAAGAACAAGAAACACUUUACACAAGAAAAAUCUCAGUGUUAGAAACAAAGUUAUCUUUAUUUCUGUGAGCACAUACUAGUUUUUAAGUAUCUUCAGACUGUGUUACCUGAAACAAAUCAAAUGUUGCCUAUGUGUAUACAUUCAGAUGUUUUGAGAAAAAUACUGACAAGAGCAAAUCUUUAACAAAGCUAGGGAUCUGCACUGCAAAUGAACAUACAAGUUCAGGCAAUUACAUUUUGAGGAGAAGGAUUAACUUGUCUACCAAAUGCACAAUUUUUUUAAUGAUAGAAGUUAAGGUUACUUAUGUAUGUUAUGCAGCUCCUGAGAUUUCGGCAGUUCUGUGAAGGAUUAAAGCUAUACUUGCAUGUAA